GCAACGGAGACAUGUGCUGCGACGAGGCAAUCGUGCGGAGGCCGCAGCAUCGUCCUGGGGGCGGGGCUGGCGGGGCUUGUGGCUGCCCAGACCUUGCGCCGCGCCGGGUGCGAGGUGGUGGUGCUGGAGGCGCAGCCAGAGCUGGGCGGCCGCGCCAAGGCGCUGCCCACUGGGCCCUUCCGCGGCCUGCCCAAAGGGGCUCAGUGGAUCCAUGGCGGCGAGAGGAAUUUGCCAAUGAUGGCCCUGCUGCAUUUCUACAACCUGUCCUACACCCGAGUGGGCGGCAACACAGACUUCGAAGGUGAUGAUGAGCGCCAUCAUCUCAUCCACCAUGGCCUGAAUGCCUCCUUGAAAGCCGAGGCCUUCCGCCUCUUCGGCGCCGCCCACGCGCGCUUCGAGCGCGAGGCGCUGCGGCGUCUGGCGGGCGGCCGGGACGUCUCGGUGCGACAUGCCUGGAUUUCCGCCACUGCGCAGAUGGAGCUCAGCACUACUCAAGCAGAAGUGCUGGCGUGGCAGCACCGGGUGCGCUCGGAGCAGAACUGGGCGCAGAGCUCGGAGAAGGUGGGCCUCCGCCUCGGGGAGUCGGCCACCUACAGCCAGUUCGAUGGCCAGGCAACAUCCGAUCAUGGCGGAGACGUCAAGCCGACGGGCGGCUUCAGCCCGCUGCUGCAGAAACUCGCAGAGGGCCUGGACCUCCAACUGCGCACCGCUGCCCUCCGCGUGCGAGUUCUGGCGCAAAAGGAGGCGGAGGGACCCCAGGUGGUGGUGGAGACUGACACUAAGAACUUCGAAGGCGCUGCGGUCAUCGUCACAGUGCCCUUGGCAGUGCUGCAAGAAGAUCGGAUCCAGUUCCAGCCCCCGCUUCCUGGAUCCUGGCAUGCCCCUCGCCGCCUGCAGAUGGGUCAGAUGGCCAAGCUCUUCAUCCGCUUCCAGCCCGGCGGCUGUCCCAUAGGUGGCGACACCUACUUGCUCUCCAAAGUGGUGUCCUUCGACUCGAGGGCCUUGCUCUACUACUGCAUCCGUGAGGAUGACAUCGCUUCAGAGAUAAUGAUUUGCCUGGUUGGUGGGCCUUCUGAGCGCGAGGCUCGUGGCCUAUCAUCUUCCGAGCUGCAAAGGCGCGUGGCGGCAGAGCUGAAUGAGCUGUUCCCGCAACAGGCCGCCGCGGUGCAGGAGGUUCAGCUGGUGUCCUUUGCCGAUGACCCCUACGUGCUUGGGUCAUGGACGUCUGGCAAGGUGGGCUCUCUUAGCGAGGACUUUGAGGAAUUCGCGCCAAAAACGCGUGUUUUCUUCGCCGGGGAGCACACCUGCCGCCUGAUGUAUGGCACCACGCAGGCCGCAGUCGUCUCCGGGGCGCGCGCCGCCUUCCAGGUGCUGGGUACAACGGUCCCAUCAUCCGACUGGCCCUUCUUCAACGCGUCCCUGUAUUCUUUGUGCGACGAGCUGGGCGACCAGACGCGCCAGGAGCUGUGCAGCACCUCCUGCGCCCAGCAGUGGCAUAGCUACAGCCUCCACGUGCCCAGCUUCUUCUCAGCCUGGGAAGGCAUGUCUCAGAAGCACCGCGGCUGCUGGGCCAAACUGGGCUGGACUGAGCAGUCCUGGCGCGGGAAGCGCAGGAUCCCUUCCACUGCAGACACGCGGUGGCAGAAGCUGAGCGCAGCGGAACGGUCAGCGGCGGCGUGUGUGGGCUACGAGCCUGCUCAUUGGGAUGACUUCCAGUCAGCCACUGUGGAGGUCGUGAUUUGCCGCGCUGGGUCUAAGCAUUUUCUGCUUCCUUGGGAUUGCCUGGCUCCGGAGGAGAAGGAAGAUUGGUUACAGCUGGGCAUCACCCGUUCCGUGCUGGACGAGGAUGUGCCCAGUGGCUUCGUCAACACCGAGUGGGCUGCCUUGAGCCCCUCGCAGUCCGCGGCGGCAGAACGCAUCGGCUACCGGCCAUGGCUUUGGUGA